AUGGAUUGCCCGACGAGUUUUGAAUCAUAUACCCUAUCCCCUUUGGACCAUUUGCUUCCAAAUGUUUAUAUGCUAGGGUUCACAUCAUUUGCACCUCAAGAUACCCACCACGCGGUUUUGACCCUUGAGGAUGCCGUCCACUGGCUUAUGCAACAACUGCCCUUUCUUGGUGGCGAAGUCUUUUCAACACAAACCUGUGACAAAGCUAAUGUGUGGGCCGUAAGGCCUACAAAUAGAGCAACGUUGAAGGAAUAUCCGAUCUUCCGUUCUAGGACACAUUCUCAGCCCAUUACGUUUAUUCAAAAUCCCCGAGUUUUUGAUAACUCGUUUUCGGCCUUUCCGAUCGAAUUUGCAAGCCGUGAAUCAUAUCCAUUGAUUCGAUUCCAGGCCAAUAUCAUGCAGGACGGGGUCAUCCUGACGACAUCGUUUUUUCAUCCCGCCAUGGAUGGGAAGGGAUAUUUCAACGUGCUUCAUACUCUAUCAGGCUUCUGUCGCGGGGUUGAAAAUCCACCGCUAUUCACAUAUCCACAACUCGAGACUGAAACACGUAAGAAAAUUUCAGAAAUCAAAAGUUGUGCGGAUACGACCCCGGGUCAGGCUUCUUAUACAAAUGAGUUUGUGGAGCAGGAGGUGCCGCUUGUUUGCCGAAAAUUAUUCCUCCCAACAGAAAGGCUCAAGAGACUAAGAGACAGAUGCCAAGCUGAAGGCUCUGGGAAAGACGGGGCUCCAAUGAGACUGACUUUGAAUGAUAUCGUUUGCGCCAUUGCAUGGAUCUGUAUGGUCCAGGCACGAUCCCAAAUUCAAUCACAAGCCACACCACAGUCAGGUCCAAUAUCGGAAGACACAAUUCUAGGAACCGUCGUCGAUACCCGCGCUUCAAUCCUAUCCGAGAUCAUCCACGAAGGUUACAUGGGAAACGCUCUCCUGUUUCCGGUGAUCACCUAUCCUGUACAGUCAAUGGCCAAUGAUAAGGGUCCCCAACUUCUGGACUCCUUGUCAGAAAUCGCACGCAGAUUGCACCACGCACGCCAAGGUGUCAAUAUGGAGUACGCAAAGUCUACUGUGGUCCGCAUACAAAACAAUUCGGAUUGGGGUUCACUUUGGUCUAGAGCGUCACAUGGAGUGGUAAGCAGCCUUCGCUUCAUGAAGGUCUAUGAUUGGGACUUUGGUUCUAAUCUGGGGUUCAUCAAUGAUUUUGAAAUGCACGAUUCUCGUCUUGGGGGGAGAUGCUGGAUUAUGCCGGCUCGGCCUUUGGAGGCAGCAAACUGGGAGUUGUAUCUGACUUUAGAAGUUGAUGCUUGGGAACAUUUGGAAAAGAAUGCUUUGUUUCGUUGGGUAUCGGGUGAAGAGUUUGCAAUGCUCUAG